AUGGGAGUCCAAGAGCUGGCUGAAGAGGUCCAGCACACGGCUAACGAAGUGGUCAAGAACGCUACGCAGACUGUCUACGAUGCGAGUUUCAAGAAGUUUUCAAAUUUCUGCAUCGCUAACGGCUACCCAGGUCCUCGUAACGAGCGCCAUCACGAGCUCCCAGUCCGAUGGUACCGGUCCGGUGUAAGCACUUGGUGCGUUCGAGAAGACGAGUCUGGAGAAAAACAUGGAUAUGGAAAUUCAGCUAGAGACCCUUUCGUUCGUCAAUUCAUGCGUGGGCUCAAAAAGACGAAGGCUUCAGAGUUUGUAUCAGCAAAAGCGAUCCCGGUAUCGUUAGACAUGCUUACGCUUCCUCACGCGUUCCUCGAUUUUCCCGCUGGUCUGAAAUGA